AUCUCUGUAACAUUUUGAAUUAGCUAUGGCGCCUAAGGAAAAAAUUGGUGCAGUUACAGCUAUGGCAAUGGUGAAUUUAAAUGGAAUUUCGAAAGAGGUGCAUUAUAGAGGUGUAAGGAAGAGGCCAUGGGGGAGAUACGCGGCGGAGAUUAGAGAUCCUGGGAAAAAAAGUAGGGUUUGGUUAGGUACUUUCGAUACUGCGGAGGAGGCGGCUAGAGCUUAUGAUAACGCUGCUAGAGAAUUUCGUGGAGCGAAAGCGAAAACUAAUUUUCCGAAAUUAGAAAUGGAAAAAGAGGAAGAUCUGAAAUUCGCUGUGAAAAAUGAAAUCAAUCGGAGUCCGAGUCAGACUAGUACUGUGGAGUCAUCGAGUCCGGUUAUGGUUGAUUCAUCAUCGCCGUUAGAUCUAAGUCUCUGUGGAUCAAUCGGCGGGUUUAAUCAUCAUACGGUUAAGUUCCCGAGCUCCGGUGGAGGUUUUACCGGUUCGGUACAGGCGGUGAAUCAUAUGUACUAUAUAGAAGCACUUGCACGCGCCGGAGUUAUAAAGUUAGAAACAAAUCGGAAGAAAACGGUAGAUUACCUCGGUGGUGGUGACUCUGAUUCAUCAACGGUAAUUGAUUUUAUGCGUGUUGACGUGAAAUCAACCACCGCCGGUUUAAAUCUGGAUCUCAACUUUCCUCCACCGGAAAACAUGUGACAUCACCAGAGACGACGAUGAAGACGAUCGGAGAUAUUUUGCGAGAAACAUUUUUAAUUUAGUACAAGUUCCUUUUUAAUGUUUUUUAAUUUAAACAGAAAAGGAAAAAAAAAAGUAUAUAGAAUUAGAUAUAUAGAUGAUAGAAAACUGAAGAGCCAUCGCCGUUGCUGCUGCCGUCGCCGCCGGCGACGAUUAAUCACCGCCGAUGUCAAUAUCAAGAAGGGCUGAUCUAUUUUUACCCUUUUUUGCAACAGAAAAAAAAACAAAUCUAUUUGAUUUUGCAAAGCUGUUGUUUCCAUUAGAUCAUCCUUAUCAUAUAGUUAUUAUAAUACAUUGUUGCCGGUUUUUUCAGCUGAAAAUAAUUAUCACAAUUCUCUAUCUCAUUCGAUUAAUUCUUGAUUAAUCGUAACGAGAGGGAGUUAUUCGAAUAGUAAAUAUGUUCCUAUUUUUUUGUUUUUGUGAAUCGGUCGGAAUGUGAGGAGCAGGCGGCGGCGAGCGAGAACCGCUAAAAGAGUUUCGCGGUAAACGUGUGGCACGUGUGGUCCAUUUGAUUGUACGGAAAAUGGCAGAUAGUGGAGAUUGUGCCACGUGGAUGUUGUGCUGUUUAUUUUAAUUUAAAGUAUGAUUUAUCUUUUUGCAGCUAACGUAACAAAUACGUACAUUCAGUUUUGAAUGCAUUACGUAUACGGAUAUGUUUCUUUGUUUAUUACGUUAGUAUUUUUUCCGUUUAUUUUUAUUUAUCAAAAACGUAAUAAUUGAUAUGA